AUGCCACAGCUUGCGCUCCAGAGCCAGAGCCAGAGCCAGAGUGUCGAAGCUUCUGUUGCUACUCCUGUCAAUACCAGAUUUUUCGAUCGUGCUCGUUCACCCACCGAAAUACCCGUUGACGACAGUCCUACCGUUGGUCGCAUCGUUCGGACAAGCCCAUCUGUACCAUCACUCUCACUCUCAUUUGGUCCAUUAUCAUCGCCAGGUUAUAGAUCUCUUAGACCAGUAAUUUCGAGUCCACUUAAGGCCGCCGCCAACUUUCCUUACGAACAAGCAAGUCCCAGUCCGCGAAGCGACGUCUUUCCAAGCCGAUCUACACCAACACCAACCUAUCGAGCCAAUACAGAGCCUGAGAUCUCAUCGGGCCUUGGUAAAGAGACCUCGUUCCUAAGCGACUCCUCGGACGAAGGAUCACCUCGACCUCUCAGCCCCAGGCAGGGCUACGCAGGCAGUCCGAAUGGAUUGCGAACCGUCUCCGAGCCUAUAACUUCGAAGCCUGGAACAGGCUCAAACUCGCCAGUAUCUCCGGCCAUGGCUGGUCCGGUAGCUGCGGCCCAGGCUGAGUCUUCCAGAGGACUAACUCGAAAUUCCUCCAUCGACUCAGCCAUUUCAGCAAUCUCAACCAAGUCUGGGUCAAACAACAACACUGAUGGUCAACACGGACCUUCGGAAAUCGCCCAUCUUAUCAAGACAGCAGGCAGUCCCGAGACUCUAAUUCAAUAUUUGCUUAAGGAGAAGCAUUCCCAGUCGCAACAAAAUAGCCAGCUAUGGCGCUUGGUAGACAAGCAACGGGCCAUGAUUCUAGGCCUUAACAAGGAUCUGGAAAGAGCUCUGAAAGACAAGGAGAAAUAUAGAAAGAAGCUGAAAGAGGUGAUAUCACUUCCAUCUGCUCCAUUGUCUUCAAACGAUGACGCAAAAGAACCCACGAAAGUGUCUGGUCCCCCGGCACCUCGAGCUGAUUUACAACGAGCCAAGGAUCAGACAGUGCCCCCAGAAUCGCCAAUUCUCGAAGCCGAGAGCCCAAGGAAUUCGCCUAUUGACAUCUCCAUGGCGCCUUAUCCCAUCACUCCACCAGCAGACCAGCUUAGUGCUCCACAUUCAGCCGUGGGUGACCUCUUGAACCCUGCGCAUGCCAUGCCUAAGCCGCAAGACCAUGCUUUGGAUAAGUAUGAUCAUGAGGCCGAGGAGCGCGCUGCGGAUGACGCACGGAAAGAGAAGUCGGACAAGUUGGAGGAACCAGCCAAGGACAUUCCUUACAACGUCGCUAUCCCGCCGUCGCGUAGCCUUCCAAGCGAGCCUCCCAAGAUGCCACCACCAAAACCUCCAGUGACACAUCUCCCGACAGUUGCUGUUCUUGAGGCCACUCCUCAGCCUGAUGAAGGUCUUUCAAAGUUUCCAGUGCCCCCACCAAGGAAGCCACCGCCUGCACCCUUGAUGUUGAACAAGGAACUAAGGACACAUCUAAGCCCCUCACCCGAGGAAGAAGAAACUGAAUCCGAUUAUGACGACAUCUUGGAAGUUGAUGAGAUUGUUCUCGAUCGCCGUGGACGCCGAAGAACCCGAGAAGAAGAUGAUCGAGAUCGUGAAAUUAUUGCUAUAAAGGAAGCUGUUGCACGUAGUGCGUCCAAGAAGAGCAAAUCCAGUCAACCUGGAUCCCCACGAGACGCAGCCCAGGUCCCUGCACAAGAGUUUGGGACAGCCUCACUGGGAGAGAUGCUCAGUGGAACAAAAACUAGGGAAAUCCCUGCGCCUUUGUUAAGCCCGGGCCUACCCGCAAGCCCCCGGCCUUCCAACCUCAGUUCGCCGCCUUUGUCCCCAAGAUCGAUACAAUUUCAAGCAGGACCUCUCUCUCCAAGACCACCUCGUCAACCUAUUCCGUUGCCGCCAAACACGCCGCUAGCAACACCCGCCGCAAAUCCAGCAAGAGCGCCCGAAAACGGCGCUGCGUCUGAAGGCUCUUCGUCCCAAAGACAACAGGGUGCGCAACAGGAAAUUGUCGGCCACGCAGAUCAACCAAUCAUCAGAAUGUCGAGCCCUGGCGAACGAACGGAGGUUUACAAGGGUUUGGUCACAGAUGAGUACCCGGACCUCUUACUGCCACCAAACGCACUGCCCUCUAUCAAGAUUAUGGUUGCGUCUUCCCGCAUGAAACCAUCCCGAGCGAGCAUGAUGUCUCUUACGCAGCUCGAGGAAGAUCCCGUCUUCACUCUGGCUAUCAUCUCGCGAUCUGAUAAUGGCGAGCUUUGGCGGAUCGAGAAAGACUUGGCCUCGCUGACAAGACUUGAUUCAAGACUGAAGCAGUGUAAUUCUUACACAGUCAGGGCGCCCGAGCGUUCUCUAUUCAGUGGUCAUGCGCCGGCCAAGCUCGAUGCCCGUAGGACGGUCUUGGAGCAGUUCAUGGAUGAUAUACUGGAUAUUCCUUUUGACACAAAGACAGCCAUCGAGCUUUGCAAAUAUUUGUCAUCUCACGUUCUCCCACCAAAUCUGGACGACACAGCAUCAUUGGGCGACACGGGAUCGGAAACUACUGGCAACAAAAUCGGACCUGAUGGUCGGCCUCGGCGCAGCGGUUACUUGACCAAGAAGGGCAAGAAUUUCGGUGGCUGGAAAGCCAGAUACUUCGUCCUAAACGGGCCCCUGUUGAAGUACUUUGAGGUGCCCGGCGGUGCGCAUCUGGGAACCAUCAAGCUCCAAGGUGCACAGAUUGGCAAGCAGAACCAGAACAAUGACAACCAGUCGCCAGCAUAUUCUGCCAAUGGUGACGACCUGGAUAACCAGUUCCGUCACGCUUUCCUGAUUUUGGAACCCAAGAAGAAGGACACAAGCAGUCAUUUCAGACACGUCCUUUGCGCAGAAAGCGACAAGGAGCGAGACCUGUGGGUUGAGGCUCUUCUGCAAUGGGUUGAUUAUCGGGACCCCGAGGACCUUGAACCACCAUUGUCAUCGAGAAGUGGCCAUCAUCAUGAUCGUCAAACACCAGGCCAUGACCACCGUACUGAGCAUCGUACAGACCAUCGUCUCGAGCCUCCCAAUUCUGGCAAAGUCCGAAAGGUACCCAGGAAAUCUUACCAUCACCCAUCAGAUUCCGACACUUUGGUCGGUGUCCGAUACGAUUCUACCCAAUUAGGAGAUGCCCCUCAGCAUACUGGUCCUGCACGACCCAAGACUUCCGGUGGCCUGCCUGAAACUCCGCAUGCCCGUGGAUUUGACACCUUCUCUUCAUCACAAAGCAAGCUCAUUUCGGGUCCUAGGGACCCUCAGCCCAUAUCUGAUUUGGGUGCUUGGGGGAAUAAGCCAAACCUGCCAACGGCUGACGAGAAGAAGCAGAGAAAACGAAGUUUCUUUGGGUUUGGGCCCAAGGCUCGGUCUUCAUCUGAAGGUCAAGAUUCUUUAUUUGGCGGCAGCGAUGCAAAUGCGACACCACCCCAGAACUCUUACCAAGGCCCUGUGCAACAAGCUUUCGGUGCACCGUUGGGAGAAGCCGUUCGAUACUGUUCUCCUACGGAUGUGAACGUGCCUCUUCCAGCUGUCGUAUAUCGAUGCAUUCAGUAUCUGGACUCCAAGAAUGCGAUCCUCGAAGAGGGAAUCUUCCGUUUGAGUGGCUCUAACAUUGUCAUCAAGCAGCUCAAAGAGCGAUUCAACACCGAAGGGGACAUCAACCUGAUCACCGACCGCCAAUAUUAUGACAUCCAUGCCGUCGCUUCAUUGCUGAAGCUCUAUCUUCGAGAACUGCCAACUACAAUUUUGACCAGAGAUCUACACAUGGAGUUUUUGACGACAAUGGAGAUCACAGACCACGCGGCAAAGAUGUCGGCAUUGGGUGAGCUGGUUCAUAGACUUCCCCAGGCCAACGCGACGCUGCUCAAAUACCUGAUUGGCUUCUUGAUCAAGAUCAUCAACAACGCGGACAUAAAUAAGAUGACCGUCCGCAACGUUGGCAUUGUCUUUUCACCAACUCUCAACAUCCCAGCCCCUGUUUUUGCAAUGUUCCUACAAAACUACGAGGGCAUUUUUGGGAUUGAUCCAGAGGUUUAUGAGCUCCCGUCACCAGCCUCCGAACCAGAACUCCAACGAUUCGAGGCGCCACCACGAUUUGACGUCCCCGCUCGUCCGUCUACCGCUGGUAGUGUAUCAUCUCCUCAUGGCCAGAUGCGACGAGACGUACAGCGAUCGACCCCUACCCCUCCCCUUCUGGUUAACAACGCUCCAAUGCGAACUUCGCCCCCUUCGAGUGCAUCCAGACUUGGUUACGACCCAUUCAACAGUGCUUACGAUAAUGGCUACAGGCCACCUUCGGCCAACGACAGGCGCUCCGGAAGUAUCGGAGUCGGCGACGAACAUCGCCGUCCUCCACCAUCGCAUCGUCAAAAGGCCGGCAUAUUGAACGCAUCAGUUGAGAAUCCAGAAUCACCGCAGCAUCAACAUUCGCAGCUUCACGAUGAACAUGAGGGAGAUGCAAAUGAUCCUAAGCGACCGCGAGCAUGUGAAGCGUGUCGCGGUUUGAAAGUACGCUGCGAACCUGAUCCUAACGAUGAGGGACCAUGCAAAAGAUGCCGGAAGGCCGGACGGAACUGUGUCGUGACGAUGCCGACGCGCAAGCGCCAAAAGAAGACGGAUAGCAGAGUCGCUGAACUAGAAAAAAAGAUUGACGCCUUGACAGCGAGUUUGCAAGCUAGAGCAGCACCUGUAGGUGGUCAGCCAUAUGCGCAAGGCCAAGGUCAGACCCACGGCAUCGCGGACUCAUCAAGAAAUGUCACACCCAAACCACCCAAUGACUCUAGCACACCUACGGCUUCAUACAACAAUGGCAGUUGGAGACCGCCCGCAUGGGGGUCCUUUGCGUCGGCUCAGCCUCUCAUGCAGCAGACGUCUACAGCUGAGCAUAACUCAGAACGCGCAUCCCCAGCUCGGUCGAGUGCGACCCUGGCUCCUACUCCAGCGACUGGACAGAAGAGGAAGUUCUCUGACGGCCGUGAAGCUUCAAUCGAGCAGCCUCGUGCCGAGGAGACUCCAGCUGAGGCCCUAGCGGCAUAUCUGACAAGGGCAAAGGGUGGUGAUAUCGUCGAGCGUGGAAUUAUCACCAUGGACAAAGCCACUGAGCUAUUUGCUCGGUAUAAUGACCAUAUGAUAUCGCAUCUUCCGGCUGUCAUCUUUCAGCCUGGCUUUACAGCAUCUGAACUUCGAAAGACAAAACCGAUACUUUUUCUAGCCAUCAUGGCAGUUGCGUCUGCAGAGUCACCCGUUCUUCAAAAGACUCUACAAAAGGAGAUGAUGCUCACUUUUGCUGAGAAGGUAAUACUUUCUGGCGAGAAGAGUCUUGAGUUGGUGCAAGCGAUUAAUGUUGGCGUGAUUUGGUAUUGGCCGCCAGAACACUUUGAGGAGCUCAAGUUCUACCAGCUUGUUCACAUGUCAGCUGUCAUGGCCAUCGAUAUUGGACUCGGACAGAAAUUCAAGCAGCGUCGUGGACUAGUUAUGCCCGAUACUUGGCGUCCUGCACCAGGCACCCCGGUCGCUGGGCCCUUGCCUCAGAGCCGCCGUUGGACACCUCCAGACUCAACGAGUCUGGAAAGUCGGCGCACAUGGCUGACGUGCUAUUUUCUAGCAGCUAACACCUCUAUGGCCUUGCACCGACCCAAUCUCAUACGUUGGACUCCUUUUAUGGACGAGAGUCUUCAGCUCUUGCAAUCUUCGCCAGACGCUGCGCCUACUGAUGCUUAUUUCUGUCAUCUUGUUUGGACACACCAUCUGUCUGAAGAAGUUGGCGUACAGUUCUCCCUUGAUGACCCGACGACAGAUAUCAGUAUGAGUGACCCAAGAACGCAAUACAUUCUCAGAGGUCUCGAGCAGGAAUUGAAACGAUAUAAGGAAAAGGUCCCUCCGGACCUGUUGCAGCCAACACUUCUUAUAAGCUUUGGCGUGCUGAAUUUAUAUAUGCAUGAAGUGGCGCUGCAAUCCCGAGCCGAAAGUUUACGGCCGCCGUUCUCAACAGCUAAUCUGCAAAACGGGCUUGUUGGUGGGGACAAGCUGUCUGCUGCGUACAUAAGCUCGGUAUCGACAUGCCUGGCCUCUAUAAAAGACAUGCUCAAUACCUUUCUGGCCAUGGAUAUCUUUAGUGUACGAUGCCUGCCUGUAUUCAACUUCGUCCGUGUUGCGUACGCUGUUGUCAUGCUUAUCAAGCUCUACUUUACUGCAUCGGCGACAGGCUCAGAUCUUGGCCGAGUGAUUGACAAAGAAGACAUGCAGGUCGGCAAGUAUCUCGACGGCCUUCUUGAUAAGUUUCGUGCAACCGCGGCAGAUGAUCGUUGUCGACCUGCUGCCAAAUUUCUUGUCGUUCUGGUCAUGCUUCGCAGUUGGUUCUACAAACAAGCAAAGUCCGGAGCCAAGGAAUCCCAACCAGCUCCACCAUCAACUUCAGUCAAACAAUCUCCUUCGCAGCAGCAGCAGCAGCAGCAGUCAACACCCGCUAAUAACUCAUCAACGCAGCCUUCUGACCGCACCCCGACAGCGAACACCCCUCUCCAGCUUCUUUCUGAAGUUGCUACAGGUGCUGGCUCUCGUAAUCGCAACUCCCCAGCCAAUCGGCCGUCAAUGGCAGGAUGGGGCUCGAGUAUUCCGCAAGCUCCACAGCCAUUCUUCCAUGAUACCCCUGACAACGCUUCAAGUUCUAGCGCUUCUAUGCCAUACUAUAACGAGCCAUUCUCGGCAGAUCUGGCGGCGGCCAUGGCGCCUGUAAUGCCAUCACUACCUUCUGCAGCUGAAAGCAUGGGUAACCAUAAUAACGGGGAUAUCCUUGAUUUCCCAAAUCUCAUUCCAGGUUGGGACUUGGAAGGUAUGGGUAUGGGAGUAGGGUCGCAAGGGAUGUGGGAAGAUGGAAUGCGCAUCUUCCUGGAGGAGCCAUGGUUUAACACUAUGUUUCAAGGCAACCCUGCGGCUGCCAACAAUAACAUGAACUUUUAG